CUACUUAAAAACACCCUUCAAGUCCCGCUCAACUGGGAAGGGAAAGAAAAAAGGCCAAGUGACUGAAAAUAGCAAUAACACUUGUUCGGGUUUCUUUCAUCCUCUUGGACAACAUAAGAGAGAGAGAGAGAGAGAAGAUAGCUAUGGAGCCUAGAGAGUAGAGAAAGUGUGUCUUAAACAUCAAGCUUAGAGUUUUUGGAAGAGAGAUAAAAAUGGAAGUAGCAACGCUGGAUGUGGAAGAUGAUGUGUAUUUUGCAGACUUGAGCAAGCAGAUUUCUCUUCUGAUCAUGGAUGAAGAUGAACACUUGCCUGUUACUCAGUGGCCUUCUGCUCCUCUCCAGGGUUUCUCAAGAAUGGAAAUUAACUCAUCAUCCAUGCCAUCUCCGUCAUUAUACGAGCAGGUUUGCGCGAGGGAAAGCAAAGGGACUGGUGUCUUCAUUCCCAAGUGCUCUCAUCCCAGAAGAAGAAGCAGACAUGGAAGACAUAGCUCGAGCUUCAACAACAAUACGAGAUCCUACAGGCAAACUGACAGCACAAGAAGGCUCUCUCAAGCUCCUCAGACCAAUUCUUCGAAUCCAAGACUAAAUUCUAGGGCAAUGGAUUCAUAGAAAAUUAUGGUAAAAACAAGAUGAAAUCAAAUGGUUGGUGCUUGGCAAAUGGGUCUGAUUAUUAGGGAAGAAGAUGCUGAUGUCAUAAUUCGGAUAUGCAUGGUGUUCUCAAUUUUCAGGUGUAAUAAGGCCCAUCAAUCAUAUGGUCCUGUGGGUCUCCUGAUAAGAUAAUGCCUUCGCCUUCUAUAGCUUGUUUUAUUCAUUGUUAGUAACCACAUUACAUUUAUUUAUAUAUUUAUUUACUUA